AUGAGACUACAGACGAUUCUCGCCUGGCUAUUUACCGCCACUGUUGCUAUCGCUGCCGGCCUUUCUCUGGCUGCUCCUGUCCAACACUCUACCCAUGACCCGGAUUCCACCGUUGGCCAGGCCUUCUACAGCAAAUAUGACGAGAAACACGAUGUUGCGGAUACCGAUUCUUCCGUAGGUCAGGCCUUCUACAACAAGAAGUACACCCAGAAGCAUGCGGACGACGUGGAAGAUUCGGCAGUUGGCCAGUCCUUCUACAGCAAGUACACUUUCACGGUGGCUUUCGAAUCCGGUAUUUUGAACAUAUUACCAGCGGCUUGCUUCCUUUUGCCGGCAACCUAUCGCCUGUUUCAGUUGUCUAGGCAGUCGCCGAAGGUGCUCUCUUCCGCAUUCCGUGUGAUCACUUUAACUGUCUCUGUAACCUUUGCAGCCAUUCAGGUUGGACUCCUGGCACUUGUUACGAUGCAGCACCUUGCCGGAGGGCGCAUCUUACUUGCGAGUGCUAUUUUCGAUUUUAUAUCGGCCCUGGUCGUUAUAAUCCUAGUUGACAUGGAGUAUCUCCGGUCCAUCCGGCCAUCAUUUCUUGCCUCUGCUUACUUGUUCGUCACGUUGCUUCUGGACCUUGCGCGCGUGCUUUUCGUUUAUACUGAAAAACGGAAAUGGUUUAUGCAUACUGAAAAGGACCACUCUACCGAAAUUAACGUGUUGCUCUUGGCGGUGAUCAAGUGUCUGCGAUGGGAAAUCGCGACGAUUGCUUUCCCAUGGCUUUGUGUCGUGGGAUUUAGUAUCGCGCAGCCCUUUCUGAUUGGGAAAUUUGUCGCUGUCUUACAACAGACCAGCUUGUUGUCGCAAGACAUGGGCUAUGCCUUAAUUGCAGCAACCGCAAUUGUCUUUACCGGGAUCGCUGUCUCUAGAGCCUCUUACGAACACCUGGGAUAUCGUGCCACAACCAUGCUUCGUGGCGGUCUGAUGGCUCUUGUCUUCCGGCAUAUGAUGGAUCUGCCACUAGGGAGCACUGACGAAUCUAGUGCCAUGGCCCUUCUGGGCUCUGAUAUAGAAAUGGUCGCCGAAUAUUUCUAUUCCGUAGUUUGCGAGACUUGGGCUAAUGUGCUACAAUUAGCACUAGCUACAUGGUUGCUACAAACCCAAGUCGGUGUUGUCUGUAUCGCUCCUAUUUUGGUGGUGAUAAGUCUAGUCUUCAUGGGUUCUUCGUUUGCCAUGGGCAAUGCCGUUUCCGCUAGACAAGAAAGUUGGCUUCGGGCUACCGAGAAGCGUAUCAACUUCACCACUUCCAUCCUAGGCUCUAUUCGCAACGUCAAAGUUCUCCGGUUGACCGAGGUGAUGAGUUCUAUGAUUGAAGGAUUGCGCACGGAAGAGCUUGAAAUUUCUAAAAAGUUCCGCCAGCUCCAGUCAAUCCGUGUAUGCAUGGUCAAUUCUCCUAUAAUUGUUGGACAACUUGUGACUCUCGCUGCCUAUGCGAUAUUAGCAUUGCUACAGGGCUCGGGAGGUCUUGCCGUCAACGAAGCCAUCACUAUUUCCGGUCUCGAGCUAUGCCCGCUUCCAAAAAGCCCCCAAACGCAGAAAGAAGUGGUUCUCUCACUCCAAAAUGUUCGAUUUGGCUGGAUUUCUCCCUCUCCCUCAGAGACACCCGGUAUCACACUUAAGCUUGAAUCCUCUUCCGCCGGUACUGUCGUUAUCCUUAUCGGUCCAGUAGGCUGCGGUAAAUCCACCUUUCUGAAGGGUCUCGCAGGUGAAACGCCCGUAUUGGAAGGUGAGAUUUUUAUCAAGUACCCGUAUCUGGCAUUUUGUGAUCAAACUCCAUGGUUAUGCAAUGCAUCAAUACAGAAUAAUAUUGUGGGCGAAGGCUUAUCUACGUUUGAUCCGAACUGGUAUCAUAUCGUUGUGCGCGCAUGUGCGCUGGAUCUGGACUUCAAGAAGAUGACGGCAGGCGACAAGACAUCCGCUAUCGCGAGAGCCGUUUAUGCUCGCGAACGAAUCGCUUGCUUCGACGAUGUUCUCAGUGGCCUUGACAAUGCAACCGCCCGACAUGUUUCCAAUAAUAUCUUUGGUCCGGCUGGACUGUUACGUCAGCUGGGAUGUACGGUGUUCUUAUCAACACAUACCAUCCAUCACUUGCCGCAAGCUGACCUGAUCAUGGUUCUCGGGGCGAAUGGCCAAGCCAUCAAGCAAGGCACUUAUACCGAACUUCGAGACUACGCUGACAACCUCUCUGAGAUACAUGGAAUCAAACCCACGCGAACAGAUGAAAUGGAGAGAAUCGAUGAUCUAGAGAGCCCUUCUAAUUACACCGCAGACCCUAUUAGUGCUCCUUCCCCAGAUGUCCAUCGGCAGACGACAGACCUUGCUGUAUACAAGUAUUAUUUCUCUGCGCUGGGGUGGUUCAGAAUUGUAGCCUUGCUUCUCUUCCUGAUUACCGAGGCCGGUAUAAGCGCAUUCCGCUACGUAUGGGUCGAUCUUUGGUCCUCCAGCAGCGACAACAUUACAGCCUCACACCUAGGCUAUUGGCUUGGACUAUAUGGACCAUUCUCUGUUAUUCAAGCCCUUUCUCUGACACUUGCCGUGUUUGCCCCAUUGUCCUUCUUGUCGAAUGUUGACACUGGAGUACUGGUAACCCGCUUUAGCCAGGACAUGAGGCUGGUCGACAUGAUCCUACCUCGAGGUUUUAUAUCUACGGGAUUCCUGUUUUUUGGAGCCAUUGCCCAAGGCGCCACUGCUAUAGCUUCGCUGCCCUACUUGGCAGUAGCUCUGCCGCUUCUCCUUGGAGCCCUGGUUCUGAUCCAGCGGUUCUAUCUCAAGACAUCUCGCCAACUGCGGCUAUUGGAGUGCGUCGUUACUUUUUAUAUCUUUUCCGCCUUGAUCUACCCUGCCUACUUUAAUUUCGCAUUCAUGGAGCUAAUCCACAUCACCUACAGAAUCGAGCUCAAGAGUCCUCUUUACACCCACUUCAUCGAGUCACUAGCAGGGAUCGCGACUAUCCGUGCCUUUUCCUGGACCCACACCGCAAUGUCUCGAAUGAUCUCCACACUGGAUACCGCCCAAAGGCCCUACUACCUUCUCUUAUGCAUCCAACGCUGGCUGAGUCUCGUACUGAAUCUGAUCGUAGCCGCUAUAACAGUGCUUCUUGUUGGGAUCUCUUUCGCUCUCCGCAAUCGUGUUGACUCAGGCCUUUUAGGUAUUGCCCUUGUCAUGAUGAUGGAUUUGGGACUUGGUCUAUCGGAGCUGAUUCAGAAUUAG